GUUCCUUUGAUGCAUCAUGAUCCGAGUGAUCUUGGAUCACUGAUCCUGAUCCGGAUCGCCCCAAAGGAACACACCCUUAGAUUUCGAGAUUCGGAGGGAGUCUGAUCUUAUAUUAUGACUUAGUUUUUGAGACAACCCCUGUGGAGUGAAAAGAGUCUGUUAAGUUAUUAUAACUCACCUGAAAAAUCUUCCUAUUCCCUCGACUGAAACUCUUAGUCUUCUACGUUGUUUAGCUUCCCAAAGUCUGUUAUAAUACGCCGUGAAACCCAACACAGACGUGGCCGUUCCAAAAAAAACCCAAAAACCUCUUCUUUGAAACAGUUUUUUUCUUGCAGUGUUCUCCGAUGCCACUGAGCUUUUCAGUCGUAAACGAUUCGUUCUACAUCUAUAUAAACAAAGCGUAAAAUUGCUCCUAGUUAGGUUUGACCAAAGUGAGCGUGACCCGGCCGCCAUCAUUGUUUUUCGUGUGUAUAUUUCAAACCUUCGUACUUGACGUAGCUUGCACGGAAGAUGGGAGUCUGGAGCCAAGAGUCAAGAUGGCGGUCAACGAAAGGGUGAACGCACGAGGUUGGCCGAGAAAUCGAGCGGCAAGCAACGCAGGAAAAUACAUGACCGGGCCACAAGGAGCACAAGUAGAUCGUACAGUACGACUGUACCCCUUGACAAAUUACACAUUUGGUACAAAAGAAGCGUUAUAUGAAAAGGAUAGCUCUGUUCAAGCGAGAUUUACUCGAAUGAGAGAGGAAUAUGAUAAGUUUGGCAUGAGGAAGACUGUUGAAGGAGUGCUGAUUGUUCAUGAACAUGGUUUGCCACAUGUCUUACUGCUUCAGUUGGGAACAACAUUUUUUAAGCUGCCUGGUGGUGAACUUGUUGCCGGGGAAGAUGAAAUAGAUGGACUUAAAAGAUCUAUGACUGAGAUCCUGGGCCGUCCUGAGCAGGGGGCUGAGGUGGACUGGGUCGUAGAGGACAGCUUAGGGAACUGGUGGAGACCGAACUUCGAAGCCCCACAGUAUCCAUAUAUUCCUGCUCAUAUAACCAAGCCCAAAGAACAAAGAAAACUUUUCCUGGUUCAACUUGGAGAGAAAGCCAACUUCGCUGUCCCUCGUAACUACAAGUUAGUAGCGGCUCCGUUGUUUGAGCUGUAUGAUAACUCUCCUGGUUAUGGGCCAGUUAUAGCAAGCCUUCCACAAGCACUUAGCAGGUUUAGCUUUAUAUAUUUAUAAAUAAAGUGACUUCGCAAGACAGGCACUGAAGAUGACAGAUGGAUAACGAAUUUUUUAUUGAUGUUUAGACCUCUUUUCUCUUUCCUUGUCAUUUUUUGUAUUUAUUUCUCAUAAUGUGUUUAGUAUAAUAUAAAUGUAUGCUUUGUUUUUAGCAAUAAAACACGUAAAAUGCUGUACAUAACAAGUUAUAAACUAGAGUGUCAAGUUACACCUACCUUUUACAGUGAUUGCUGCGACGAAGUAAUAUAUCAAAGACGAAAGAAGGACAUCGAGAAGUGAGUUGAUAAUACGACGCGCAUCAAGGUGUUUGGAAAUAAGGUCAAACAAGGUUUGUUUCUUCUCAAUCGGAAAUAAAACUAAGGAGAAAUUGGUGAAAAAAAAUCGUAAAAAUCUCUGCUUAUUACCGUCAGAUAUCCAAACACAGUCACGGUUAUGAUUUCCUUUGUUAAAACUCGAUUAAUUAUGAAGGAUUUGAGAACUGUUAUGCAUUGCCAGGCAGUCAAAAAAAAAAAACUUUACAGCUUGGGUAGUCACGUAGUCACGUAAAGUUCCCGAGCGAUUGCGAAGGACACUAGGGUAGAAAUAGCUUAAACGCAAAUGGAGAAGCAUUCUCCCGGCUUACAGUGCUUUUGGUCAUCACAUUGGCUUGUUUCUAUCCAAA